AUGAGAUCUCAGAGCAACCCGAUUGCCGAGAGGGCAGAUGCAGAUUCUCAUCAGGAGGGACACCACAACACUGGCCAUCCAGGCCAUCCAGAGCAGACUGCUGGCGCAGGAUGCGAGAGUGACUCAGAUGGCCCUGCUCCGGCAACAGAGAUGAAGUCACAGGACGCUGGUGCGAGGCAAGGCCUGGACACCCUAUCUAACGAGGAGGAAAGAGAACAGCCCCUUUAUGACGAAAAGGCGCUUCCGUUAGCAGGAAAUGGACUGCUAUUCCAGGCCAUAACUAGGGACCAGGACGGUAACUCGGUUCGUCUGUCCCGUACGAGAUCGUCACAACCUUCUCCGCCUGCGGAUUCAGAGAACCUCGCCCGGCUAGGUUCUCGCAUGUCAACAGAUCCAGAUGGCAAUGUGUAUCCCGAGGGUGGGCUGGAGGCAUACCUGGUGGUAUUUGGGUGUUUUCUCUGCCUUUUCGGCUCCUUUGGAUUGGUUAACACCAUAGGGACCUUCCAGGCUUAUUUGAGUGAGAAUCAACUCAAGGAUUACAAUCAGAGUACCAUCUCAUGGAUCUUUGGCGUCUUUUCCUUCCUCAUCUUCUUCGGUGGUCUUCAGAUCGGCCCUAUAUUUGAUGCAAAGGGCCCAAAGGGGCUUGUCCUCGUCGGUUCGACCCUUGUCAUUGGGAGCUUAAUUGCUCUUGGAUUUUGCACUGAAUACUGGCAGAUAAUGGUUGUGUUUGGUGUUGUCUGUGCAGCUGGAACUUCGAUGGUGUUCACACCAGCAGUGGCUAACCCUGGCCACUAUUUCUUUCGCCUUAGAGGCCGGGCAACUGGUCUAGCAGCAACAGGAGGGAGUGUAGGAGGUAUUGUCUUUCCUUUGGUGCUAGAUGCUCUCUUCACCAAGAUUGGAUUCGCCUGGUCUACUCGCGUAUUGGCUUUGAUAUGCUUUGUUAGUCUUGGUGCUGGCUUGAUGUUGGUCAAAUCACGACUGCCCAGACAGCGUGCUACCAUGGAGAAUAUCAUGCCUGAUCUCCGUAUUCUCCUGGAGCCAGUAUUUGCAUGCACCACGCUCGGUAUUUUCUGCAUAGAGUGGGGUCUCUUUGUACCCCUCACAUAUAUAUCCUCCUAUGCUCUUCAUUACGGCAUGCCAAAGGGGUUAUCCUACCAGCUUCUAGCCAUCCUUAAUGUAGGCUCCUUCUUCGGCCGUUGGGUCCCCGGAUAUAUAUCCGAUUACACGGGACGUUUCAAUACCAUGAUUGUUACUGUCCUCAUGUGCCUACUCUCUGUGUCUUGCCUAUGGCUUCCGGCCAAUGGGAACACUGCGAUGACGGUAUCAUUCGCUUUUAUCUUCGGCUUCUCGAGUGGUAGUAACAUUGGUCUAACGCCAGUGUGUGUGGGCCAGACAUGCAAGACAGAGAAUUAUGGGCGUUAUUAUGCCACGGCAUACACCGUUGUCAGCUUUGGUAUCCCCAUUGGAGGAUCCAUCUUGACCCGUAAUGGCGGUGAAUACUGGGGCCUCAUUACUUGGACGAGUUGCUGUUACUUUGGAGGACUAGUAUUUUUCAUUGCAGCUCGUGUGCUUCGAGUCGGCUGGAACCCGUUCAAAAUAGACUGA